AGGGACAGUUGGGGAGAAAAAAGGUGGGGCGCAGUUGUUGAACUCACUCAGUGAACUUGGUUCGAAAUCUCCGGAACUGAAAGAAAUUUUUGGUAGAGAUGCAAGAGGAUUAACUGUUGUAUGAUAAAACAAUUAUGACUGUCCCAAAUGGGGAAAUCGGUAUGUUAUGGAGAUGAAAUUCUACCACAUGAGUCUGGCACUGUGAUGUUGAGCUGAUACAUUCCUUUGCAGCAUCGUUACAUACCAUGUGACAAUGGGUUAUGGCUUUUGAAUAAUGUCAUACAAUAAUGUGACGACGAGCAACGUCAUCAAGAGGUGUCACCGCCGAAAUGCCACCGGAUUUCGGCGGCAUUUCGGCGGAUGCUCGACUGCCGCCCUGGUUCUUUGUCUGAUGCCUGCCAGAUGAAAAGUUAUCAGAGGUUGGUGAGCACUUCCCUUCAGUGCCAACGGUUCCACACUGCAGCAGGACAUCUAAAGAGCAAAACUGGGGCAGAGCACCGCUGGCUGGAGCGACAUCUUAAAGAUCCAUUUGUGAGGGCAACAAAACAACAUAAUUAUCGCUGCCGGAGUGCUUUCAAACUGCUGGAGAUAGAUGACAAACAUAAGGUUCUUCGUCCAGGGCUCUCUGUGAUAGACUGUGGGGCAGCUCCUGGAGCUUGGAGUCAGGUUGCUGUACAGCGAGUUAAUGCUUUGGGCACUGAUCCUAAUGCCCCUGUUGGUUUUGUGCUUGGAGUUGACCUUCUUCAUAUUUCCCCCCUGGAAGGAGCAGUCUUCCUUCCCAAUGCUGAUAUUACAGAUCCAGUCACGCUUAAGAAGAUCCAGGAGCUCCUUCCUACAGAGAGGGCGGAUGUUAUCUUGAGUGACAUGGCACCUAAUGCCACAGGGAUCCGAGAACUUGAUCAUCAAAAGUUGAUUAACUUGUGCUUGACCCUUUUGGAUCUCUCCCAAAGUAUCUUGCGGCCAAGGGGAAUCAUCCUCUGUAAAUUCUGGGAUGGACGGGAAGCCCAUCUGCUCCAAAACAGACUAAUGGAGCAUUUCCAAGAUGUGAGAACUAUAAAGCCUCAGUCCAGCCGGAAAGAGUCAGCAGAGAUCUAUUACUUGGCAAAACUGUACAACCAUGGAGUGAAACAUCAGAAACACAGAUGAUUGUGUCUGCCCUUAUUGCAGUGGUUGUCAGUCACUGACUGGAUACUUUGAUCUGAAGUGUACCUUAAAACAAAAAAUCACACCACUGAGACUCUGAAAUUGAAUUGCUUUAUUUUUAAGCCUAGUUUGGUGAACUCUGUCAUUUAUGUAACACCAUAGGUGUCCAUCAUGGUUUAUAGAUACAAAGUCGUUGCCCCACUGAGUUUAUAAUCUAAUUAGGCAAGUAAGGACAUCCAGUCUAACUCCCCACCUGGGAAGAAAGCUCUUGGAAAUUAUAUAAAACCUGCCUGUGGAGGAUGGAAAUACAAAUAAAACACUGUUAUAGAUUUGUUUA